CCUCCACCCCCCGCCCCCGUCGCCUCUCCGCGGAGUACUACUUCCGAGUCUUCGGAAAUCCAGUUCCUUGCUUGCUUCCUCUGUUUCCAUUCCUCUCCACCGCUUCAAAAUGGCAUCUUUCGAUCUCGAAACCGCUCUUUUUCUCUUCUUCGUCCCGAAAACCGUGUUCUCUCCGGUCAUUGCGUUCGCCAUCGUUGCGCUCGCCGCUGUCUGGCUCAGCCCCGGAGGGCUUGCCUGGGCUCUUUCCAGGGCACCGCGCUCGAUCCCCGGCCCUCCGGGGGUCGUCCUGGCCCUUGCCGGUACCGCCGCGCACCGGGCCCUCGCCGGCCUGGCCCGCUCUAUCGGAGCCACCCGCCUGAUGGCCUUCUCCGUCGGGUUUACCCGGUUCAUCGUGUCGAGCCACCCCGACACCGCGAAGGAGAUACUCAACAGCUCGGCCUUCGCCGACCGGCCGAUCAAGGAGUCCGCCUACGAGCUGCUCUUCAACCGCGCCAUGGGCUUCGCGCCCUUCGGCGAGUACUGGAGGAAUCUGCGGAGAAUCUCCGCCACCCAUUUGUUCAGCCCCCGGAGAAUCGCCGCCUUCGGCGAGCACCGUUGGGCGAUCGGGGAGCAGAUGGUGGGGGAGGUAAGAGCUCUGAUGGGGACUGAUGGAGUGGUGGAGGUGAAGCGGGUGCUUCAUUUCGGGUCUCUAAACAACGUUAUGAUGAGUGUCUUCGGAAAAAGAUUCGAUUUUGCGAAGGGGGAAGGGCUGGAUUUGGAAGGGCUGGUGAAAGAAGGAUAUGAGCUUCUUGGGAUGCUCAACUGGAGCGACCACUUCCCCUUGUUGGGGUGGAUGGAUCUCCAAGGAGUGAGAAAGAGGUGUCGUAGGUUGGCUGGAAGAGUUAAUGUGCUUGUGGGGAAGAUCAUAGAGGAGCACAGAAGGAGGAGGAUUGAUGGAGGUGGUCUGAAUGGGGUUGGGGACUUUGUAGAUGUGCUGCUGGAUCUGGAGAAGGAGGAGAGGCUCUCUGACUCUGAUAUGGUUGCUGUUCUCUGGGAAAUGAUAUUUAGAGGAACCGACACGGUGGCCAUCCUCUUGGAAUGGAUCAUCGCCAGAAUGGUGCUGCACCCAGAAAUCCAGUCCAAGGUCCAGUCUGAGAUUGAUGCUAUAGUAGGAAACUCGCGCCUUGUCUCGGACUGCGACAUUCCUAACCUUCCUUACCUCCAAUCUAUAGUGAAAGAAUCCCUCCGGAUGCACCCACCUGGCCCUCUCCUCUCCUGGGCUCGCCUCGCCAUCCAUGACGUUCAUAUUGGGAAUCACUUCGUUCCUGCAGGGACCACGGCCAUGGUGAACAUGUGGGCGAUAACCCACGACGAGAGCAUCUGGCCCGAACCCAACGAGUUCAAGCCGGAGCGGUUCAUGUCGGAGGAUGUGAGCGUUCUGGGUUCUGACCUGAGGCUGGCGCCCUUCGGGUCGGGGAGGAGGGUCUGCCCCGGGAAAGCCCUCGGCUUGGCCACCGUUCAUCUCUGGCUGGCUCAGCUGCUUCAGAGCUUCCAGUGGCUGCCCUCCAAUGGUGGGGUAGACUUGUCCGAGUGCUUGAACAUGUCCCUUGAGAUGAAGAACCCCUUGGUCUGUAGGGCUCUUCCAAGGUGAUGUGUGGGGAUGUUGGUCUCUUCCUGGACAGUGACUAGUAUUGAAGACAGCAGUUCUUGUUGGGUGUGCGACAGGGAAGCUUGGUCCUUGGAGAUAUGCUGAUCUUGUCAUCUCCAAAAUUUUGUAAUCUUGUAGUUUGUUUGCUACCUGGGUUUCUGGUUAAGCACUUUUGUUCAUGUCUAAUGCUUGCUUUAGUACUCUUUUAAGUUUCCAAGUGAUGUGCAUAUAGGUGAAAGUUUGGUAGUAGGGUGUAAUGUGUUGUCUUUGCUGGUUAUGUAAGCAGGUUGUCAUGGAAUGUAUACAUCCUUUUGACUUGAACACAUGGAAUCAUAAGUUUCUCUUUGCUUGCA